AUGGAUGGUCCCAGGCGCCCUGCUGCCGCCCCCGCUGGCGCCCCGCUGCCGCCUCGCCCGCCGUUCCGUCCACUCGCCAGGCGCCUGGCGGUGCGCGCGGCGCGACCGACCACUGAUGCAUCGUGGGCGGCGUGUGCCAAGGGUAAUGUUUUACAUUCAAGUAUAUCAGGGCACCACGGCGACAGUUUUGCUACAUAUGAGAUAACCGCCCUUUUGUCCUUCCGAGCUGUCACGUGCAACGUGUUUUGGGAGCUUCCCGGCCCUCUUGGGACACUGGUGCGCGCACACGACUACGGCUCUACGGCAGCUGAUUCAGCGCCGGCCGAUGCGUGCAUUGGAGGUAGCCCCUGCCCUGUUGGAGGCUCUAGAGCCGUGCUUUGUCCCUGCGUUGGUAAGGGAGUGGGCCGUAUUGAGGCUCAUGCUCACGCCGCCUCCAGCGGCGCGGCGCGGCUCAGCGGCGGGGGCCGCGGGGACCGGGGACACAAAAUCCGCGCCCAACAGAGGAUUCCGCUCCGCAGUAUAGGGGUAGUGGGCCACGACGUCUCUGCGCCACCCUUCGGCUGGCGCUUGCUCAUUCUAAACGAAGUGUCAACACUUCCUGUUCCGCCACUCAGGAAACCUGUGCACUUAGGAGUUUCAACUGUUAAGAAAUUCCUGCGGAGCGAGGAAGUACGCAAAGUGAGCCCCACUCCAUUUGCCGCGCACCUAGAUUGGAGCGCACUUGGCCCCUGUUAUCGUGCAAUUGUGAGGCGCCGCCUCGGAAUUUGGCAUCCGUUUCGCGUGGCGUCCCGGCCAUCGUGGGAGCGCCUUCGGGUGCGCGCGGAGAGAGAGCUAUCAGUGUUCGGGAGAGGCGGAGAGGAGGACGAGAAGCGCCGCGGGGCAAGCAGGGAUCUCGCGGGCUUGCCCUGCGGUAUGCUCAGUGCGCAGUGCUGUAACCGCAGCGUGAAGCGGAGAGGAAAACGGGAGGAUCAGUCGAACAAAGAAAAUACCAAGGGGUUAAAGCGAGAGAAAAAGGCGGGCGGCCGGGACAGCUGCUGGGGAGCUGAACAAUCACGUAGCGGUGCCGCGGGGCCGCCCGCUCGUCCUUUGGUUUCUUGCCUCAUCACGCGUGAUUUAUGCCCGCGAUUUGUUCACGGGUUCCAGUUCCAGGCCGCGGCGUGGCGCCCCGCGCUCCCAAGGAGGCGCAUGGGGUACGGGCACACAGGGCGAUGGAAGGCAGGGGACAGGAAUUCUGAAUUCUGUGGGAUCCAGUGCCUGGAGUGGGGCGGCAUGUGA